AGAAAUCAAGUCAAUAGAAACUGAAGUGGAUGUAGGCGCUUAGUGCUGUGACGUCACUUUCUACAUUGAGCCAGUAGUAGAGGAGAGUCAGUGGAGAUAGAUAGAGGAGCGCCGUAGUAAAGUACACACCGUCAUGAACUUCUCCCUCUAAAACUUCAACCUUGUUGCUCUAGAAGUCGGAGAGAGGACGAGAUUACAUUUUUUUGUUGUUGUUCGACUAACGGAAAUUGCUCUUUAUUCGCUUUCUUUUUGCGGGGGAGUUCGGGAGGAAGGAAAAAAAACAAGAGAGAGCGGGGGAAGAAGGCAACAUUUUGGGUUUCUUUUCGGGGGGUCGACGACGAGCGCUAUGUCGUCCGCGGCGGUCGCUGCUUCUUCCAGGAGGCAGUCGUGUUAUUUAUGCGACUUGCCCCGCAUGCCUUGGGCCAUGAUCUGGGAUUUUACCGAGCCCGUCUGCAGGGGAUGUGUCAACUACGAAGGAGCAGACCGCAUUGAGUUUGUCAUCGAGACGGCCCGACAGCUUAAAAGGGCUCACGGUUUUCAGGAGGGCAGGUCUCCCGGGCCGGGGAAGUCGCAGCUCUCCGGGAAGGAGAUCCAGGCGAUCAACCACGCUGCGGGGGGAGAUCCGGGCUCCCGGCCGCCGCAGCCUCUGGACCGCUACCCUCUGUCCGACCGCCCGCCCAGGCUGGGUCCAGAGUAUCAGCCUAGAGGGCAGACAAACGGCAUCCAGCUCCCUAAUGGAUUUCCUAAGCCUGACGAGCCACCAGAGCUGAACCGCCAGAGCCCCAACCCGCGCAGGAAUAACACGGUGCCCCCGAAUUUAGUGCCUUUGCCUAACGGGGGCUUGACCCCGGGGCAUGCCGUCAACGGCAGGAACCCGAUCGGGCUUUCCUCCACUCUGGCGGGCGGUAGUCCCGCCGACAUGGGCAAGAGACCCGCCUCGGUCUCCAGCACCGAGCACGACAGAGAGCUGAAGGAGAAGCACAGACCCGACAGUCUCACGCCGGAGAUCUCGGAGAGCCACAAAAACAGGGCAGACCCCGACUGGAUGGGCAAAGGCAAAACGGUGAGGGACCUGAUGGCUCUGCACACCACGUUCGAGACCAGGUACAAGAAGGACCAUGUGCCCAUGCCACAAAGAGCUAUGGUCUAUGAGCCCGGCCCCACUCUUUCCAAGUCAGACAGAGGAAAACAUCCCCGGGGGAGCAACAAGAGAAAAGCAUCACCUGAACCGGAGGGAGAGGCGACAGCUGCCAAGCUCAACGGAGAGGGACAGCAGUGGUUACCACCACCUACUGACGGACUGAAAAUGCCUCCAGUUCCCCCGCCAAGCUUCGCCUCUCCCCCUUCCACAAUAUCCCCUCACUCCCGUACCACCCCACCGGAGGCAGCUCAGAAUGGUCAGUCCCCCAUGGCGGCGCUCAUCAUGGCUGCAGACAACGCAGGUGGGAACAGCUCUCCCAAGGAUGCCAACCAAGUCCACUCCACCACCCGGAGGAACAGCAGCAGCCCCCUGUCGCCGUCCUCCAUUAAUCAGAGGAGGCUGGCGCAGAGAGAGGCGCCGAGUGCAGGCACCCCCCAUGUGCCAGGCAUGGACCAAGUGCACCCCCCACAAAGCAUUCCGGACUCCUCUGUACCCAGCAGCAUACCUCUGUGCUGCACGCUGUGCCACGAGCGUUUGGAGGACACACACUUUGUUCAGUGCCCGUCUGUGCCCUCUCACAAGUUCUGCUUCCCAUGCUCAAGGGAAAGCAUAAAGCAGCAAGGCGCCACGGGUGAAGUGUACUGUCCAAGUGGAGAGAAAUGCCCCCUGGUUGGCUCGAACGUACCAUGGGCUUUCAUGCAAGGAGAAAUCGCCACCAUCCUUGCAGGAGAUGUCAAAGUAAAAAAGGAGAGGGACCCUUGAUUUUUUUCUUUUUUUUUUUGUCUGAACACUUCUUUGGGGAGGGGAAGCAAAAAAAUAUGAGUAUAAAUAUAUAAAUAUCACAUACAUACCAUUCAAACAAACUAACGGACUUGUACAUAUUGGACCCAAGGGAAGAGUAUACUUCGUAAAACAUGGUUGUAUAAUUUUUGAUUUUUGAAUACAUUGUGUUUCUAUAUUUUUGAAGAUAAAGGUAUGUACUCAUUAUAAUGAACUACGUUCCUCUUUGUUGAUGUUUAACAAAAAAUUCUUGAUGUACUUCUAGGUCUGGUGGCAGUUCCUGUUUAACGUAGAAUGUGACUAAUGCUACUCUACGAGCACUUGGCAAAACUAAAAAUGCUUUUAGCUGUACUUGUAUGCACUUGUUUAAAAAUUGCCAAAUACAAUUUCUGAUCUUGUAUGAA